AAUCAAGAUCACAUAGCAACAAUGAGUAUUGAUAAAUUUGAUAUCCAGCUCGAUAAGAAAAGUUGCAUCUACGAACCAGGCGAAAUAAUCAAUGGACAAGUGUUGACGUGUUUAGAAAACCCUAAACCGGCCAGAGGUAAAUAAAUUAAGCAUUCUAGAGAAAUUGGACAAUGGGAGUGCCAGGCGGCUCAUAGUUUUCAUUAAUAGAGUACAGUAAAAUAAGUACCCAUUGUAGUUGGGCCGCGACCAUCGUAUUUUGAUUUAAACGGAUGGAAUAUAUCCAAUUUUUGACAUUAUGCUAGAUGAAGUGCAAUUAAGAAAAUAAACUUGAAAUGAGUAUAAUCAAAUUAGUAAUGACAGUGCUGCAUAUUUUAUAUUUAAUUUUCAUUAUUAAGUAAUUUGAAAUCUCAUGUAACGAUCCAAUAUAUCCCUGAUCGGAAUCUCCUUAUGAAUAUUUUUUUAUUAUGCAAAUCAAUACGGAUCGAAGCUCUUCACUUACGUAACGCAUGCCAUUAAAACCAACCAAUAUAAAUUGGGAUUCAAGCGGAAUAUCUGAACCUACUUUGACUUCCGCUAUAAAAAGUGGCUACAUCUACAAGUUGCCCAACUUGCCAGCUGGCGGCGCUUAUUUGAACGACCUCAUGAAAAAAAAGCGCCACGCCACGUGCUGCGUGCGUUUCUGCAUUAUCGACUGUGUUUAUUUCACGAGUAUAGAGACAAACGUUACUUAUUUUAAGAGGAGAGGACUCUCAUCCCUUAUCCCUGUUCCUGAAGUCGCGCGCCUCGAUAUUCGCUGUAAAGCUGCCCAAUGUUCUUUUCCGAUAAGAUCCAAACGGUAGACUUGACAAUGGCGGGGUUAGGUCGCGUGGGAAAUUUGAAAUAAGUGACGCUCGACUGCGCGACACACACUUUUCUUUUUAGGUAUAUGUACAUUAUUUUUUAGGCAAAAUAAUUAGCAUUGACUUCAUUCGAAACUCCUAGCCGUUUUUGAUUAUCUGAUCCUAAACUUACAUAUAUGUUAAAGUGGAACGUCCUUUUUUCAAUUAAAAAUGUACUCUGUAACUUCCUUCCGGUGUAUAGAUAAGAUGUAAAUAAAGAACCAGGGUUACUCUCCAGUAUCCGUAAAAGUAUAAUCUUAGAUGCUUUGCUAAGAAGAUAUUAACUGUCUUUGCUAUUUUAUUAUACGUUGCCACUGCAAUAGGCAUCACUUGUGUGCUUUUGGAACACAUGGUCUUAUAGGCGCAGUUUCUAUUUAACAUUGUCGAUGAUAUCCUGGUCUGUCCUUGGAUAGUUGUAUCAAAUUCCUUGUACAGUAACUAAAUAAUUGAAUCACCAGUCAGCUGAUUAUCUCAUUAACUGUUAAGUUUAUCAAAAAACGUUUCAUGUGUAAGUUGUACAUUUUUUACCAAAGAUUUUUUUAGUAAAAACAAAAAUGUACGAUUCCAUUUUAAAAACCUGGUUUAUCAUCACUUAUGAUGCUGAACCAGAUAAAAUAAUUUAUUCAUGUGUCCCUGUCUGAUUCAUGCAACUUUUGUAGGAUACAUUUUUGAAUCGAACCAUCAAGCUGGACUGAAAACUUAAUGCGUACUUUAAGAUGGGACACCCUGUAUAUAUAAAUUGUACUGCAUUUUCUCAACUCGACACCUAUAACGUAAAAUCGAGAAUUAACCUACGUCUCCUCUUGGCCCAUGAAUCCGCAUGCCAGCCAGUUCUUGUGCUGAUCAUCGGUUUCGCGUAAAAUCGGCAAAUGCAACCGGAUGCAAGAACGGGAGCGAACGGUUACGGAAACGCACGGUCGCUCAGGCUGCUAGGUCGAAGUAGAGAUAAUCGGAGUAAGCGUAAUGUACCAAAAACAGAGAGCAAUUGUUCGAGAACGUACCAGAACGAACCGGAGCUGUAAAAUCGAAAUCCCUCCACUAAUUGAAAAAUUGGGAGAACUCACCGGAGCUGGGUCAGCUGAUCCGUGGAGGCCGAGAACUGCAUCCAGGUGACACCUCAGGUGGGCACUGCACUAUAGCACAACACUGCACCUCCGAAACAGACGCAGAAAAUCCCAUAGAUUUUCAUAUAGCGAGAGCAACGCGAGAACUUUCUAUACCGAACAGAAAACACAGGUAGGAAAAUGAUAAACAAACAGCCCGGGAGCGCGAGGCACACCGAUCGGUGUCCCAAGACAGACUGACAUUGACAACAGUCAGAUUCGAGAACUAACAAUUCCGAUUGGUCGAGAUCCUUAUAGCCGAUAACUCUUAUCCUUUCCCUCGAUUCGUCCCUUUAAACCAAAUCGAGAUGAUGUCUUAGCGAAUCGGUACGUAACUCUUGGAGAUCCUCCACAGCCGCUUCCCCAGGACCCCGAGCUACAGCUGAGCUCCAAAUCCUGAACCUGGGUCAGGGGCUUCCUCCAUUCCUCCCCUGCACUUAACCUAACCAAAACUCUAUAUCCGCCCUAUGCCCAUCUCCAGCGGGGCGCCGGUACCUGAGCCGGACCUCUGCCGGUAACGUAGAGACGUCUCCCUCGGGUCCUCUCCUCUGCCGGGUAACUCGGUACGUCGAGACUACCUCCCCAUGGCAGAUUCGAGCACCUCGAUCUCCAACCAGCAGUAAAAAAUCUUUCCAAGAUCAUUCACGUAACUGUACGAAUCAGUCCGAGAGCGUAGCUUCUGAUGAGGUUGCCGACUCGAAGGGACCCAGAAAGCUUGAACGUUAUCUGAAUCGAUAGCAGGAGUCGCCAUGUGACUGUCUAAAGAUAAAGAUAAAAGGUAAAUGCCAUGUUCAAUGGCGUCGGAACGGAAGUAAGGCAUCCAGCAAAAUUGUCAGUGGGUCUGAGCGCUACAUAGAUUUGACGGAAUAUUUGAUUGGCUGUGCAGACGGUUCCUACAUGAAGUUGCCUGCUGGCGAGCAGUCCUAUCCGUUCAGUUUUCAACUGCCGGAAACAAUUCCUGUCAGUUUCGAGCAUAAGUACGGAAGCGUGAUAUACACUUUGAAAGCAGCCAUGGAUCUCCCAUUGAGCAUUGAUCCCACAGUAACCAAAAGAUUUACCGUGGUAUCGAAUUUGGAUUUGAACAAUGUGCCCGAGGCAAGGAGAGAAAUACACGACGAGCGCACUAUCCCCUUCUCCAACAUCUUUUGCUGCUCAGUGGGAGAAAUAGACAUGCUACUAACGUUGCCAGUGAGGGGAUACGUUGCUGGACAAAAUAUCGAAGCCAAAGUGUGCUUCGAUAACAAAUCGGAGGUGGAAAUUGAUGAAAUCAAAUUGAAUUUUAUACAGACGAUAACGUUUAAAGUACCAAGCGGGAGCCAAAAAAAAAUAGAGAAAAACAUUCUGGGGAAUAAGACGCUGUAUGGACCAUUUGGUCAAAGUGGUGAAUAUGACGCGAGUAUCUUGGUACGAUCGGUACCAGUAUCUUACUUCCCCUGCUGCAAACUGAUCGACAUUGACUACGACAUCAAUGUAAAAUACGUCAUUUCCGGUUGCCACUACAACGUAUCUAAUAACUAUCCAAUAUUCAUUGGAACGAUCCCAUUGAUCUCUGCUCAGUCCAAAUGGUCAACAGCAUCGGUACCAGUUGAAGCCACAGAACCAAUCGCGCCAUGCCCACCGGGACCGGAAGUGCCAAUCGCGCCAUACCCACCGGGACCGGAAGUGCCAAUCGCGCCAUGCCCGCCGGGACCGGAAGUGCCAAUCGCGCCAUGCCCGCCGGAACCGGAAAUACCAAACGCGCCAUACCCACCGGAACCGGAAGUGCCAAUUGCGACAUACCCGCCGGAACAGGAAGUGCCAUUUGCGCCAUGCCCACCAGAACCAAAAGUGCCAAUUGCGCCAUACCCACCGGGACCAGUUGAUCGACCGAUGCCAAUAAAUUGUCAACCGAUGCCUCAAAACUAUAAGCUUGAAUUCGAAAAUUAUAAACCAGGAGCAGGAAAGCCAGUGACCGGAAUGCCAUUUGUGGUCCCAGUGCCAGGGCCCAGCACUCAACCAAUUGGUUUUGUUGUUCCACCAGAACUCCCACCACCUUCGUACGAGGAUUGCAGCAGGGAGUCUCAUCCGGUGGAUCAGAAACAAGAAUCAAAUUCUGAUGCUGAUGUGAAGCAGCCAUUGAUUCCACCGUAUCCAUUGGACAACCUUCCAUACAAGAACAACUGAUUGCCGAUUGUGUACAUUACCUUUUAAUUUACUUACUUGACUUCCGACUGCUGUUCGCAAUAUUCGCAAUAGUUCGCAAUAGUUCGUUCGUUCGCAAAUUUUAUGCCUUUACACUUCAUUUUUUUACCAUUUUUUAUUACGUAUCUUAGUUAUAAGAUGAUCGUAACUUUUAUAAGAAUUCUUCGAUACCAUACUGGUACGAAGUUCUCCACUGCCUUUGUCACCCUUAAGGUGACCGAUUAAUUGCCUUGUCGAUAACCACCUAAGAUCACUGUACGUGCAUAGGCGA